AUGACGCUGUGGGACCAUGAGAAGCUGCAGCAGGACAUGAUGGAGACACUGAAGCCCAACAGUGAGUUUGAGAUGGUGGCCUCAGAGUCCAUCUCAGACAAGUCCUUGUCUCUGGGCAUCGAUGAGGCACUGAAGGCUAGUUUCUUUUGUGGCCUUGUCACAGUCGACGGCUCCGCCAAAUACCUGAAGGAUACAAAGACCUCCAAACAGCAGGCGAGAGUCACUCUGCAGUACAAAAGCACCACAUGCUUCAGACAGCUGACCAUGAACCAACUCGGGAGAGGAAACAUCAAGCACCCGUACGUCUUUGAAAAAGGCCUGGCCACACACGUGGUCACCGCCAUCCUCUACGGCGCUCAGGCCUUCUUCGUGUUUGACCAAGAAGUGUCAGACUCUGAGAACCUACAGGACAUCCAGGAAAACCUCCAGGUGAUGAUUAAGAAGAUUCCCUCCAUCUCCAUCGAGGGGGAAGGAGCUCUGAAUAUGGAGGACAAGGACAGAGAAAAGGUCCAAAAGUUCUCAUGCAAAUUCUAUGGAGACUUCAGCCUGAGUCAGAAUCCAGUGACAUUUGAAGACGCGGUGAAAGUUUAUCAGGAGCUGCCCACACUGCUGGGCCCGGACGGAGAGAAGGCGGUGCCAGUUAAAGUGUGGCUGCUGCCACUUGCCACGCUGGACUCUGCAGCGGCUCGACUUGUGAGGCAGGUCAGUGUGGGACUGGUGCUUGAGGUGGAGAGAACUUUGGAGCACCUGGCAGAGCUGGAUAUGAGGUGCCGUGAUGUUUUAAAGAGUGCAGUCUUACAGCAGUUUCCUCAGAUAGCCACAAAAAUCAGAACCUUCAAGAGCCUGUGCUCAGAGUUUAAGCUGGGACUGCAGAAUGUUCUGGCUCAGAAGCUGCCCUUGAUCCGUGAAGGAGGAGAGGAGGAGGCGGAGCUCGCAGAGAUCCUCAGGAAAAGAGCUGCGUCUCCGUUCAAUCGUGAAUGUCUGGACCAGUGGGUGAGCUGCAAAGUCAAAGAGGCUCAUCUCAUCAAAUCCUUCUGUAGCCUGAUGAAGAACACAGAGGUCCUCUCCUCUCAGAGUGACCUGGAUGUCAUUUCUAUUAAUGUGAAGAACGCCGUGUGCUUCGUCUUUACAUCUCUGGAUGCUGAGGAGUCCUAUCUCUCUGCCUUAAGUCAAUACUUAAAGGGCUCAGACCUGCCCCGCCCGCGGCCCAGAGACCUGGAGGCGGAGCAGUGGUACAGCCAUAAAGAGGUCAGAGAAGCCAUGAGGACCAAGGCCAAGCUCUUCGGAGACUUCGCUGAGGCCAACAGAGACGACCAGGAUGUGAAGUUCUUUGCAGUGGCUUUAACAGAUGAGAAGCAUAAAGGCUCAACCAUCCACCUUUACGAAGACGGAUUUGAAGCCAGUGAUAACUUUGAGCCCCCGUCGAAGCCCGAGAACCUCAGUGUGGACAGUGUAACCCACAACAGUGUGACUCUGCGCUUCAGCGCCCCCUCAUGGGGAGCACAGGCGGUGACGGGCUACAGGCUCGAGUACAGCGAUGGUGGAAAACAGCAGCAGUCUGAGACAGGGUCAGUGAGUACAGACGCAGACAAAGGGUCAGUGAGUGCAGAUGCAGACCCAGGGUCAGUGAGCACAGACACUGACACAGGGUCAGUGAGCACAGACACAGACACAGGGUCAGUGAGCACAGAUGGAAGGUCAUUGAAAGCAGACCCAACAUCAGUGAGCACAGACGCAAGCGCAGGGUCAGUUAGCACAGACGGAGGCAUAGAAUCAGUAAGCGUAGACGCAGACCCAGGGUCAGUGAGCACUGAUGCAGACGCAGGGUCAGUGAGCAUAAAUGCAGACCCAGGGUCAGUGAGCACAGAUGAAGACCCAGGGUCAGUGAGCACAGACGCAGACAAAAGGUCAGUGAGUGCAGACGCAGACCCAGGGUCAGUGAGGACAGAUGCAGACGCAGGGUCAGUGAGCACAGACGCAGACAAAGGGUCAGUGAGUGCAGACGCAGACCCAGGGUCAGUGAGGACAGAUGCAGACGCAGGGUCAGUGAGCACAGACGCAGACAAAGGGUCAGUGAGUGCAGACGCAGACCCAGGGUCAGUGAGCACAGACGCAGACAAAGGGUCAGUGAGUGCAGAUGCAGACCCAGGGUCAGUGAGCACAGACACAGACACAGGGUCAGUGAGCACAGACGGAAGGUCAUUGAAAGCAGACCCAACAUCAGUGAGCACAGACGCAAGCGCAGGGUCAGUUAGCACAGACGGAGGCAUAGAAUCAGUAAGCGUAGACGCAGACCCAGGGUCAGUGAGCACUGAUGCAGACGCAGGGUCAGUGAGCAUAAAUGCAGACCCAGGGUCAGUGAGCACAGAUGAAGACCCAGGGUCAGUGAGCACAGACGCAGACAAAGGGUCAGUGAGUGCAGACGCAGACCCAGGGUCAGUGAGCACAGAUGAAGACCCAGGGUCAGUGAGCACAGACGCAGACAAAGGGUCAGUGAGUGCAGACGCAGACCCAGGGUCAGUGAGCACAGAUGAAGACCCAGGGUCAGUGAGCACAGACGCAGACAAAGGGUCAGUGAGUGCAGACGCAGACCCAGGGUCAGUGAGGACAGAUGCAGACGCAGGGUCAGUGAGCACAGAUGAAGACCCAGGGUCAGUGAGCACAGACGCAGAGUCAGUGAGCACAGACGCAGACGCAGGGUCAGUGAGCACAGAUGCAGACCCAGGGUCAGUGAGCACAGACACUGACACAGGGUCAGUGAGCACAGACGGAAGGUCAUUGAAAGCAGACCCAACAUCAGUGAGCACAGACGCAAGCGCAGGGUCAGUGAGUGCAGAUGCAGACGCAGGGACAGUGAGCACAGACGCAGACAAAGGGUCAGUGAGUGCAGACGCAGACGCAGGGACAGUGAGCACAGAUGCAGACGCAGGGACAGUGAGCACAGACGCAGACAAAGGGUCAGUGAGUGCAGACGCAGACGCAGGGACAGUGAGCACAGAUGCAGACGCAGGGACAGUGAGCACAGACGCAGACAAAGGGUCAGUGAGUGCAGACGCAGACGCAGGGACAGUGAGCACAGAUGCAGACGCAGGGUCAGUGAGCACAGACGCAGACAAAGGGUCAGUGAGUGCAGACGCAGACCCAGGGUCAGUGAGCACAGACGCAGACAAAGGGUCAGUGAGUGCAGACGCAGACCCAGGGUCAGUGAGCACAGACGCAGACAAAGGGUCAGUGAGUGCAGACACAGACCCAGGGUCAGUGAGUGCAGACGCAGACCCAGGGUCAGUGAGGACAGAUGCAGACGCAGGGACAGUGAGCACAGACGCAGACGCAGAGUCAGUGAGCACAGACGCAGAUGCAGGGUCAGUGAGCACAGACGCAGACCCAGGGUCAGUGAGCACAGACGCAGACCCAGAGUCAGUGAGCACAGACAGAGGCAUAGAGUCAGUGAGCGCAGACAAACACCCAGGGUCAGUGAGCGUAGACGCAGACAAAAAGUCAGUGUGCGCAGACACAGACAAAGAAUCAGUGUGUGCUGACCCAGGGUCAGUGAGCACAGAUGCAGAUGCAGGGUCAGUGAGCAUAAAUGCAGGGUCAGUAAGCGCUGACCCAGGGUCAGUGAGCACAGACAGAGGCAUAGAGUCAGUGAGCACAGAUGCAGACCCAGGGUCAGUGAGCACAGACGCAGACAAAGGGUCAGUGAGUGCAGACGCAGACCCAGGGUCAGUGAGCACAGACGCAGACAAAGGGUCAGUGAGUGCAGACGCAGACCCAGGGUCAGUGAGGACAGAUGAAGACCCAGGGUCAAUGAGCACAGACGCAGACAAAGGGUCAGUGAGUGCAGACGCAGACCCAGGGUCAGUGAGGACAGAUGCAGACCCAGGGUCAAUGAGCACAGACGCAGACAAAAAGCCACUGUGUGCUGACCCAGAGUCAGUGAGCACAGACAGAGGCAUAGAGUCAGUGAGCGCAGAUGCAGACCCAGGGUCAGUGAGCACAGACACAGAUGCAGGGUCAGUGAGCAUAAAUGCAGGGUCAGUAAGCGCUGACCCAGAGUCAGUGAGCACAGACAGAGGCAUAGAGUCAGUGAGCGCAGACAAACACCCAGGGUCAGUGAGCGUAGACGCAGACAAAAAGUCAGUGUGCGCAGACACAGACAAAGAAUCAGUGUGUGCUGACCCAGGGUCAGUGAGCACAGAUGAAGACCCAGGGUCAGUGAGCACAGAUGCAGAUGCAGGAUCAGUGAGCAUAAAUGCAGGGUCAGUAAGCGCUGACCCAGGGUCAGUGAGCACAGACAGAGGCAUAGAGUCAGUGAGCGCAGAUGCAGACACAGCGUCAGUGAGCGCAGACGCAGACAAAGGUUCAGUGUGUGCUGACCCAGGAUCAGUGAGCACAGAUGGAGAUGCAGGGUCAGUGAGCACAGUCACAGUGCGCUGCCUCAGCGCAGACACAGGGUCAGUCACAGUGAGCGGCCUCAGCGCAGACAUAGAAUACAGUUUUAGAGUGACACCUGUCACUACAGUGGGGCUGGGACCUGCAGCUGAACUCAAAUGGAAAACGACUUCUGAACCCCAGGGCCCCAGGCGCCUCACUGAGGAACUGAGGAAAAUCUGUGAGAUCAUCGAGACCAGAGGAUCACUGCAGAUCCUGAAGGUUCCACUGAAGAAAGAUAAACUAGACAUCCCAGGCUGCGCACGGUUCAUCUACGGCACAGACUUCCCCGGGAAGAGAAACUGCACCAUAAUGGUGAUGGGCGCCACAGGAGCCGGCAAGUCCACCCUGAUCAACGGCAUGAUCAACUACAUCCUGGGCGUGCAGUGGACUGACCCCUACAGGUUCAAACUGGUGGUGGAGGAGACGAGAUCUCAGGUCCAUAGUCAGACGUCUGGGGUAACAGUUUAUAAAAUCAACUUUGACCACCGCUUCAUGAUCGACUAUUCUCUGACCAUCAUCGACACGCCGGGGUUUGGAGACACUCGAGGCAUCAAAAGAGACCAACAGAUCACAGAGCAGAUCCAGAACCUUUUCUCCAACAACUUUGGAGUGACCGACAUUCACACCGUGUGCUUCGUAGCUCAGUCCGCUCUCGCUCGCCUCAGUGCCACUCAGCGCUACGUGUUCGACUCUGUCCUGUCCAUUUUUGGUAACGACGUGGCAGAGAACUUCCGGGUUCUGGUGACUUUCGCAGACGGACAGCUGCCCCCAGUUCUAGAAGCCAUCACAGCAGCAGGAGUCCCGUGCCCCAAAGACAAAGAUGGAAAACCUGCACACUACAAAUUCAACAACUCGGCGCUGUUUGCAGAGAACCAGAGUUCUGGGAUGGGGUUCGAUGAAAUGUUCUGGAACAUGGGGAAGGAAAGCAUGAGGAGCUUCUUUAACGCUCUGGACAAAACUGAGCCGAAGAGCCUGACUCUGACCAAAGAGGUGCUGAGAGAGAGAAAGCAGCUGGAGCAGGCUCUGGAAGAUCUUCAGAGGCAAAUCAAAGAGGGUUUAGCCAAACAAGACGAGAUCAAACAGACCGAGGAGCAGCUGAAGAAGCACGAGGCCGAGAUUGAGAGGAACAAGGACUUCACAGUCACUAUCACAGUCGUGAAACCUGAUCAAAAAGACAUCUCAGAAUCAGGGGAUUACAUCACCAACUGCCAGAAGUGCCAUCACACGUGCCAUUACCCGUGUGGCAUCGCUGACGACAGCAGGAAGAAAUACUGUGCUGCCAUGGAUCCUAAUGGAUACUGCAAGAAGUGCCCAGGAAAAUGCAUCUGGAGUGAACACAACAACCCGAAGUACAGAUGGAAUUACAGAGAAGUCACUGAGGUGAUAACUGUAGAGGAGCUUAAGGAAAAGUACCUGAAAGGAAAAGAGGACAAGAAAUCAGUGGAGGGUUUGAUGUUAAAACUGAAACAGGAGUAUGAGAUGAUCAAGAACAAUGUAAGAGACAGGGUCCAGGAAGCCACCAGGUACAUUAACCACCUGGAUGUCAUCGCGCUGAAGCCCGACCCUCUGUCUGCUCCAGACUACAUCCACCUGCUCAUCGAGUCUGAGAAGAAGCAGCGUGAGGCUGGAUGGGAGGGGAGGGUGAAGGCCCUGGAGGAGGAGAAGGAAAAGGCCAAACUGCGCUCACAAGUCACCACCGGAGGAGAGUUACUGUCCAAUAACUGAACCCUGGACACUCAGAGGAACAUUCACCUUCACUCUCCUUCACUCACCUUCACUCACCUUCACUCUCCUUCACUCUCCUUCACUCUCCUUCACUCUCCUUCACUCUCCUUCACUCUCCUUCACUCUCCUUCACUCUCCUUCACUCUCCUUCACUCGGCUUUUGGAGACUUCAUCUUUCAAAUUAAAGCUUUAAUAUGGAGCAGGGCACGAUUCAGUUUCUGUUUUUCCUACUGAGAAAUUUAAUUGAAAUGUCCCAUAAUCAAGAGAAAUGUCAUGUUUGUGAAUUUUGUUUUCACUGUAGCUAAUGGUGAUGGUGAUGCUUUUCAAAUAUGCAUCUUUCGGGUUGAUAUUUAGGAAAUUAAAUAAUGUGAUGAUUUACUGAAAUUCUUUAAAAAUGCAGCCGAUGAAACAGGCUCCAAACUAAGACAUGAGAAUAUGAUUAAACUGGAAGAGAUUUCUGUUAAUAAAUUCAAAAUGAUAAAAAAUGAA